AUGUAUAAAACACUAAUAUCAAAAAGAAGUCUAUCUUCAUUACCGGUAAAUAAAACAUUAGAAAUUUUAAAAGCAACAAAUUCAAAUUUUGAAGGAUUAUUUUCAAAUAAUACAUUAAAUCAAUUAUGGUUUAAACAAGGUCAACAAUUAAUUGAAAAUUUAAAUCAAUAUAUCUCACAAUCGAAUUUAAAUUUAAAUAACAACAAUUCUUCUUCAUAUGAUUUGAAUUUAAAAGAAAUUAUAAAAUCAAGUAUAAAUAAAUCAGAAUUAUAUCAAAUAAAUAAAAAUGCAUCAAAAUUAUUAAAUUUAAUUCAAUUUUUUGAAAAUAUAAGACCAGCAAAUCAACCAAUAGAGAUAAUAAAACCUACGGCAAAAGAUUUAUUAAAAACUUCUAGUUCAAAAUUUGGUAAUAUACCAACAGAUGAAAAUUUAUUAGAUUGGUUAAAUCAAUCAUUUGGUUCAAUACAAGAAUUUAGAAAUUUAUUUUUAAAUAUUGGUAAUUCAAUAAAGGGAGAUGGAAAUAUUUGGGUAGUUGCAGAAUCAACAAUGUCAAAAUAUCAAAAAUCUGCAGCCUCAAGUGGUGUAAUAAGUUCAUUAAAUUUUAAUCGUGAACCGAGUUAUCAUAAUUUAUCAAUAAUUGCAACUUAUAAUGGUGGAAUAAUUGAUGAUAGUGAAAGAUCAGGACAAAUUAAAAGAUUAAAAGAUUUACAAAAAGAAAAUAGUAGCUCCACAGAAGAACAGAAUCCAGAACAGGAUCAAAAAAAUCCAUUAGAAUUAGGAUCAAUUGAAGAUUCAGAAUUUGAAAAUUCUUAUUUAAAUAAAAAUUUGAUUCCCAUUUUAAAUAUUGAUGUAUCACCAAAAUGUUAUUUAUUAGAUUAUGGAGUAUUUGGUAAAAAAAAUUAUUUAGAAAAUUGUUGGGAAUGUAUUGAUUGGGAUAUUGUUAUAAAAAGAUUACCAAUAAGAUCAAAACAAGCAAUAACUGUAUAA